AUGCAGCAAUGGCCGCCAAGAUCAAUAUCAAGACUAAUUAAAUUGCCAUGUAUCAGGGAUCACCUCUUUCCAGCACCCGAUCAAGUUCCUGCUGAGAUCAAACUCGUCAAGGCAAGCGUAACCGAGCCGUUCCCCGGCGACUGGACAGGCGCCUUCGAUUUCGUCCACCAACGAUUUCUAUUUCCGUCUCUGCCCGAACAUGAGCCAGCACUUGGUUAUCUAAUUGAUGCGGUUAAACCAGGGGGGUGGGUUCAAUUUGUUGAGGUGGACAUGUUGACCUCGGCCAAGUCCGAGGCCUCACAGGAACACGAACGCCAGCAGGCCCCCGCCUUUACGGUCCUGCGCCAGCUUGCCAACAGCCUGCUGAUCCACCCUACGGCUGCGGGUCAGAUAGCUGGAUGGGUCCGUCAGUACGAUUUUGACGAUGUGAAGGAGUCGACCUAUGACAUUGCGGCUGGAGUGGGAAAUCCGGACACUGUUGCCGGGAGACUAGGCCGUACCAAUUUGCUGCACGUGUUGGAGACCUUCAUGGGUUACUACCGAAGCGCCAAGGGAGACACCAUGGGGUUGAGUGAGGCAGCGUGGGACGCUUUGCCUCGCGAAUUGGCACGAGAGAUGGACCUAUUCCCCCUCACAGUGCGUAUCAAUGUUGUGAUUGGCCGACGUUCGUUGUAA